AUGGCUACUCCUACGGAUAUCAAUUUCACCAACUACAAUGGCAGCUGGACUAUGGACCGGAACAUCUCCGACCAAACGGACCCCGUCCUCGCUAUGCAAGGCCUCAGCUGGUUCAUGCGCACAACCCUAGCCUGGGUCUCCAUAACCCUAAACACAAAACAAUACCAAUCCCCCGACGAUCCCGACAAAACAAUCCAGCACAUCGACGUCGACAACAUCGUGACCGGUGGCGUGCAGGGAACCAGUGAGCUGCGGAUCACGGACUGGAAGAAGCGCGAGCACAACGACACCAUCUUUGGGCGUGUCGAGGGCCAGUCGCGGUUCCUGCGCGGCUCUAAAGAUGCCAGCGGCAAGGUGAGACCUAACGUGGACAUCUCCACGAAUAUCGACGAUGAGAAGAUCGGGAGGUUCCUCCGUGGCGAGAUCAAGGCGGAUGGCACUGAGGUUGAGGGGUUCCUUGUUGACCCUGUAGGUGAGGGACUUGGGGAGGGUGAGGAGGGUCUUUGGUUGCAGAGUUAUGUGGAGAGUUUGGAUUCGAGUUGGACGGCUGAGCAGGUCUGGGGCUUUGAAACGAUCGAUGGCGAGCGCUACCAUACCCGCCGUGUCGUCUGUGCGAAUAACGGCGAGUAUGUGCUCGCCAGACUUGUUUACACCUUUGUUCCUCCUCAGUCCGAGCAGAACGACGACGACGACAUUGCUUACUAG